CCCGAGCCCCUGCUGCCCCUCCACAAGCGCCGUUUGGCGCCCGCACACAACCCACGUCGCCCUGUCAAAAAAUCGACCCUCGGAAAAAAGGCGACGUCAACCACCGACGAAUUAUCUGCGACGGACCAAGCGAGCCUCGACAACCAGCUAUUAAACGAUCGAGACUUCCGACCGACGUCCCCGAUAAUCGUUCCAGUCAGUCCCUGGGUUCGGCAACCAAGAAAACCCCGUCAAGAUGAGGCCUGUUCUGCUGUCGGGCCACGAGCGUGCCCUCACCCAGAUUAAGUUCAACCGCGAUGGCGACCUCAUCUUUUCCGUCGCAAAGGACCAGCAAAUCUGCGUUUGGUACGCCCACAAUGGCGAGCGGCUAGGCACUUAUCAUGGCCACGUCGGCGCCAUCUGGACCGUCGACGUCGACCCCACGAGCACCGUCAUCGCCACCGGGUCCGCAGACAACACCAUCAAGCUGUGGGAGAUCAAGACGGGCCGCUGCCUGGCCACCUGGGAGUUCCCCACUGCCGUCAAGCGCGUCGAGUUCAACGAGGACGGCACCCGCCUGCUGGGCGUCACUGAGAAGCGUAUGGGUCACCUGGGUACUAUUGUUGUCCUCGACAUCAAGGUCGACGUCGACGCCGAGCAGGACCCCGAGACGGCCAUGACCAUCGUCUGCGAGGAGAGCAAGGCCACUGUUGCUGGAUGGAGCUACAUGUCCAAGUACAUCAUUGCCGGCCACGAGGACGGCUCCGUGUCGCAGUACGACGGCAAGACCGGCGAGCAAAUCCACUCGGUCCAGAUCCACGACCUCGACAUGCAGCUCACCGACCUUCAAUGGUCGCAGGACCGCACCUACUUCAUUACCGCCUCCAAGGACAAGACGUCCAAGCUGGUGACCGCCAGGGACCUCGAGGUGCUGAAGACCUACGUUGCAGACACUCCUUUGAACAGCGCCUCCAUAACUCCCAAGAAGGAUUUUGUCAUCCUGGGAGGUGGCCAGGCCGCCAUGGAUGUCACCACCACCUCGGCGCGCCAGGGCAAGUUCGAGGCUCGCUUCUACCACAAGAUCUUCGAGGAUGAGAUUGGCCGCGUAAGGGGUCACUUCGGUCCUUUGAAUACUGUUGCCGUAGAGCCCAACGGCAAGGGCUACGCCAGUGGUGGCGAGGACGGCUACGUCCGCGUACAUAUGUUUGAUAAGGGUUACUUUGAUUUCAUGUACGAAGUGGAGAGGGAGCGCGCCAACAAGCUAGCAGCACAACAAUAAAUCCGAGGUCUGGUGGUGAUGACGGUAAGAGGUGACUUUUCUUUAUUUGCGGCUCGUUCUUUCCUAAAGGGGGGGCAUCUAAGGCGUUUUGGGACUUCUAUGUGUGUCCGAGUCUGGACCAAAAAGUGUGGGCUUAAUAAACGGCGUUUUUUUUUCAAACACCCUACCCCCUGGGUACAGAAAGCGUUCGCUGUACUGCGCAGCCGCCACGAGCGAUCCUAGCGGACUCGGUAGGAUUUUGUAUUUUGAUAUUAGACAUACAAUGGAUGACGGCAAGCCCCAGGGUCUUGACCCCAGGCGCAAGUUCACGAGACAAAAGCAUUUAGAGCAAGCGAUAUCAUUUGACUGCCAGUUAGCUACCUC